CGGAGUGCACGUUUACUCCGUUACAAAGUUGACUGAAUCAGUCGAGAAGGAGUUGGACUUAUAUAAGUCAGUGGUAUCUAUUAGAGAUAUCAAUUCGCAUACGUGAAAAUUCCCUCGGGUCGUUUACCUGCCAACGUUUCUCUCGAUUGUUUUCUAAAGGGUAAUACUCUCUCUUGCUGGACUUACUCGAGGACUCUACCGAGAAUCUUCACUUUUUUGGUACUCGUAGUUUUCUUACCGAGGAACUUACGUGUGACUUACGGUAAUGAAUUUACUUAGGACCAUCUUCAGCUGAACGCGAGGCUGGAAUAUCCAGGGUCACCGUCGAUGCUAUUCAGCACGAUAGGACAUGAACGCAGUCAUAAAGGACCCUUCACCAAGUCCUGGUCAUACAGACACAAUGGUUUUGGUGACUAGUAUAGAAGGAGUAGAGUAUUUUCAUCCUGAUCUACGUCGACCUUCCCAGGAAGCUAUAUCGUCUAAGGAUACGUAUAUGUCCACGAGCAAAAUGGAGAUCACCGUCUACGAGGAAUUUUCUCCAGUGACCUUGAUCAGCCGUGCCAUUGGAGUAUUUCCUUUUCGAUUGCAAAGAAUCGCUGGUAGACAGGCUUUUGUGACUUCUCGUGGCGCCAGUAUAUAUCUUCUGUUACUUCUUGGAUUCAAUCUGACGCAUCUGAUCAGCAUCCCCGUGGUGGCAGUGAUGACCACUACGACGGCACCCUGGAAAAAUAACUCCAUUGAGGAUAAUCAUCGGAGGAUACAUGCUAGCAGCGUCAUCCGGCUGAUCUACCCCAUGGGGAUAUCCUUUAUGGCUAUAACAAGUCGUAUUAAUUCCCUGGCUGGGAUCAAGAAGCUCCUUCCUGAUGUCUUUACCAGGAUGAACGACGUGGACCAACUGCUAAAACGGAAGAGUCACGACCUCAGAAUAUCCUCACGCAAUAUAUGGAUAUUUGUCGUUCUGAAUCUGGUUCUCGGCUUGCCCUCGCAGAUCUUCUCCGUGACCUUUGUUUACGGCAGAGGAACUUACCUCGUUGGCUUCUUCAUCUUUAUGGAUAACUUUAAUAAUCUCACUGCUCUGUCCUCGGAAUUUCAAUUCCUUGCUCUUUGCCAUCUUAUCAGGUCCAGAUUUUGGGUCAUUAAUACGAAGAUGCUGCAUGCUGCUCGUUUAUAUGAUGCGCGAAGACGAUCCCAGAACGGAAGUGCACCAGGACACGAAUUAGAGUGUUGUCCUUGGAAGAUGACCGGAUAUCAGUUUGAACCCGAUCCUUACAGUGAUCACCGUCUUCGUGACACAAUGGUUGUCCUUAGAGAUGCUCAUCAACGUCUCUGCGACACCCUGGACUGGAUGAACGAGGGUUUUCAGGUCCAAGUUCUGUUUUCCGUGUGUGGCUGCUUCCUUAAUCUCCUGGUCAACAUUUAUUUUCUACUGCGUGGUGGCUACAGUGUCCGCGCCUUAACUGAAAUCUGGCCAUUCGAAUCACUGGGAAAUAUUCAUCCUUUGAAGAACACAUCCUGGGGAAUUUAUUAUAUCAUAAGAUUCGUUGCCAUAGCGGUAAUGGCAUCCAGGACAACUUCCGAAGCCAAGAAGACGCUGGUUCACGUACUUCGGAUGAGAAGUACCUCCAGAGGUUAUGCAACCAAGGAAGAACUGACGCUUUUCCACGACCACAUUAAUUCACGCAGAAUGAAAUUCUCAGCUGCUGGAUUUUUUGAUCUUAAUGUUUCAAUGAUCUCAUCAGCUGUGGCUACCGGAGCUACAUAUCUGGUCAUCAUGGUUCAAUUCCUCAACAAGUAAUGCGAUUUCAGUCAUCCAUCUAUGCCAAACAAAUCAUCUAAAUUCAGUGCAAUUUCCAAAUUGUGUUCAUCUAUUACAAUUCCAAUCUAUCACCAUUAGUAUGGGAGUUCGCAUGGGAAUCAGGAAUGUAUUACACUUUGUCUCAGUCCAAUCUAAGAAAUUGGUACGAUUUGAUCACAAGCUUCGGACAGUUCAAAAGAAACUUCGUGUUUAUAUAUUUUAAAAGACUGCUGUAAAAAAAUCAUAGAAGAAUGUUAAUUCUCAAAGAAUAUUAUCCUUUGCAAGUGUUGCAAAUAUUCGCCGGCGUGACGCGACAGUCGUACUAUUCAAAUUCAAAAAAACAGUUCAUUUAUUCGAUCAUCGCCAUUUGUUCUGCGAUUUUUCAAAUUGGCCUUGGAUUCGGAUGUAUGUACUGGGUUUUUCCCAUUGUGAUAAAGAAUGUUGAAGUAAUCAAUGUUCAUAGCAAUGUCACUAAAGUUGAGGACUUAAACGAAGCAACCAACACCAUAUUUCGCAUUAGCAUUUCAUUGCUGAUCAACAUAAUCGCCAUUGUGCUGCGAAUCCAUAAUAUUCUUAAAGCAUCAAAAUUAGCAGAAAUCUUUGAGGAAAUCAAUCGGAUCGAUCACCUUUUACGGAUUACUAAUAAUUAUUCAAAAUCAUCGAGAAGAAGAGUUUUUGGAUUGGUGAUCCUUCUGCUUCUCAUAUGCUGGAUCGUUCACGUACCAUAUUUAGGUUUUAUAAUUUAUAGCCAAAUGUACGACUUUCUCUUUUAUCGAUUAUGUAACCAUUUCGCCCAAUUCACUAUUGCGUCUGUCGAGUGGUCUCAAAUGAUUUUUUUUGUUCUACUCAAAAGACGAUAUUCCAUUUUAAAUGGGGAAUUGAAUUUGAUCCACACAAGUGUAGCAAAUCAUAAUUAUUCUGAAGAAGCAAUAAUAAGUACAUGGUUUGAUCCAGCACCUGAAUCAGCACCUGAAACUGUUGAUAAUUCAAUAGAAAACGGCGGGAAGUACAAAAUUUGGAAUUAUUUAAAUAACGGUAAAGAGACCUCCUCGUCAAAGCAUCAGGCUACGCUCAAGAUUAUUAAACAAAAGGUCAAUUCAAAAAGGAAACAGAAGAAAACUACUUGUUGGCAAAAUAUUCCUUCGAAUAUCCUUCGCAUCAGCACAGCCCAGGAACUGGAGAUUCUAAGAAUCGUGCACCAGCAGUUGAGCACGAUGUUGAUGAAGAUCACCAGUUUUUUUCGUUUUCAAAUAUUCCUGUCAUUUUGCUCCGACCUUAUCAGUCUAUUGGACAACUUGCAUUAUAUUGUGCAACACCUCAUUGAACCCUGGAGAGGUGCAAUUCCUGUGAUGAGGUUACUAAGGCGUCCGAUAUUUUAUACAACAUGGACCUUAGAAUAUUUUACUCGAAUAAUCUGUAUUGUCUGGUCGCACUCUUCGACAAUCAGCGAGGCAAAAAACACAUUACUUCAUCUAGAACGUCUCCAGGCUCCACUCUCCUUAAGAAAUUACCAAGGAGCCCUCGAAGAACUUGGAUACUUCAAGAGACACAUGCAAUCGGAAGUUGCAUUGUCUUCUUCAGGAACACCUAUAGAUUUUCAUGGUUCCCUCAUUCUCCGUGUUAUAGAUAUUUCGAUAAAUUAUGUAUUUGUAAUACUGCAGCAGACUUUCCGGAAACAAUAAAUGUUUACUCAAUACUUAAUCUAUU